AGAUUUUUCCUAUAGGCUAAUUACUUUAAACUUUAAGAAAAUCUUUUAACUGAAUUCUGCAGCGUUCAGCAUAUGGGCAGUUGCGUCAUGCUGAACUGAAACGCAUAAUAGCGAGGACAGAGGAGCAUUUCCCUGCACCAGAUUCGAACUCGCGCCUUGCGGAAAACAAAGUUUAGUUACCAGCGAAAGCUUUCAAGACGGGCAAAAGAAAUCUGCUACGGGGAGUUCUGUCGCGACGGGGAACGCGUUGGCUUCGUGCAGGUCGGCAAUGGCGGCCUCUCACAAGAACAUCACCAUUGCCAGCACUUCCAAAUCCAUAGACACAAAUGACGUCUUAAAGCGGGCCAGCGACAUUGCACGUCCCCUCCGCUUAAGUCUUUCCCCUUCUCAGCUCAGCUUCUGCUCCGAGGCCCUCGAGCAAUUCAAGCAGACGCUUAGCAGCCGCACCAAGGUUUUCAAAGAGUUCGAAGCCUUGCAGCUGGGUAGAUCAAGGAGGCCAGAGUUAAUGAGAAGAAGUUCAGUGGCAAAUCAACAUGGCCAUAAAAAUCGUUAUACAGAUGUCCUACCAUUUGAUGACACAAGGGUUGUGCUUAAUUGUGCGGGAAAUGACUACAUUAAUGCGAGCUACAUUGUGAAUACUUCUAGUGAGAACAUUCCAAAGUUUAUUGCAACUCAAGGUCCUUUACCGGAGACAUUGGAAGACUUUUGGGAGAUGAUAAUUCAACAUCGUUGUCCUGUAAUUGUCAUGUUGACUCAGCUGAUCGACAACUACAAGGUAUUUUACUGCGCGAGGUUCAAGGUGGUGAAGUGUGCAGAUUAUUUUCCGGCAGAAGAAGAAUCAUCCCGGACAUUUGGGAGAAUAUCAGUGACUAACACAAGUUUGAAAAUAAGUCCCAACUCAAUAGCAGUACGACUUUUUAACGUGAAAUAUGUAGAGUCAGAGGAGCCACCGUUGUCUGUUCUUCAUCUUCAGUAUGCUGAUUGGCCAGACCAUGGAGUGCCUGAAUCCACCAACUCUGUUCGCGAACUUGUUAAGAUGUUGUAUUUGAUACCUCCAAAUUUGGGUCCAUUUGUAGUACAUUGCAGUGCCGGUAUAGGAAGAACUGGUGCGUUUUGUACCGUAAGUCAUACUAUUCACAGGAUUCUAGAGGGAGACUUAUCUGCUAUUGAUAUAAGUGAAACAAUUCGUCAAUUCAGAACCCAACGCAUUGGGAUGGUUCAGACACGGGAGCAAUACUCAUUUUGUUAUGCUGCCAUCGUUGAUGAACUGGAAGAUCUUAUUUCCCAACAAAAGACAAGUUAAAAGACAUGUAAACCUGAAGCCAUAAUCACAGCAAUCUGUAGCAGGGUAGAGAAUCUCAAGCAAUUUACUCUAGCUUGGAUUGCGACUAAGGGAAAGUUGACGAGAACAUGCUUGAAUGUGCAUGGAAUAUCACUGGCCAGAAUGAGAUUCUUUUAUCUGGUUCGCAUUAGAUGGAAGAAGAGAUGUAAUUACUUUCGUUGGAGAAUGUACCUAUUGAAGAAGAUAUAGUAGGGUUUAAACUUUGAUACUCGGAAAAUCAGGAAAGUUUAUCGGGUGUUCCAAUUGAAUUCAAUUUCAUGAUAAAUUUAGUUUCUUAAACA